AUGGAGAUCAAAACAACCCGUUUUAUUCUCCUCCCAGCUCUCUUGUUUAUACUAUUUCGGGUCCAGACUUUUGGGAAAACCCAUAGAGAAGCUGACUACCAUCAUCUCAAGGCUAGAUUGAACCCACAAUCCAAUGUUGAAAGAAGCAGCUACUUCCCAGCAUUUGAUGCCCCUGCUAAGCCUUCAAAUCAAAAAGGGCUGAAAGAGAAAGAUAGGGUCGAUCGAUUGCCUGGACAACCACACGUUGGAUUCAGGCAGUAUGGUGGAUAUAUCACCAUCAAUGAGACUGCUGGCCGUGCCUUUUUCUAUUAUUUUGUUGAAGCACAGGGUCGCAAGAAGCCUGAAGAUGUGCCUCUUCUCCUUUGGCUCAAUGGAGGUCCUGGUUGUUCUUCUCUUGCUUAUGGAGCCUUCCAAGAACUAGGACCAUUCAGGGUUGGCAGUGAUGGCAAGACACUGUUCAAGAACAGAUUUGCUUGGAAUUAUGUGGCUAAUGUUUUGUUCUUGGAGUCUCCUGCCGGAGUAGGAUUUUCAUAUUCUAACACAACAUCAGAUUUUGUUAGCGGCGGUGAUAGAAAAACUGCUGCAGACAAUUACAUUUUCUUACUAAAUUGGCUUGAGAGGUUUCCCGAGUACAAAAAUAGAGACUUUUACAUUUCUGGAGAGAGUUAUGCUGGUCAUUAUGUACCUCAAUUAGCACAUAACAUUGUUUACCAUAACAAGAAGGCGAACAGGACCAUCAUUAACCUCAAAGGAAUCCUGAUUGGAAAUGCAGUCAUCAAUGAUGCAACAGAUGAUCCAGGGAUGUAUGACUAUUUUGCAACACAUGCUCUCAUUUCCCCUGAAACUGUAAAAAAAAUCCACAAAUUCUGUAAUUUCUCAGCGGCCGAAUUAUCGGCUAAUUGUCAGAACAUCCUAAGUGUGGCAGAUGGAGUGUUCGACGAAGUUGACAUAUACAAUAUCUAUUACCCUCGAUGCUUUGAUGACAGUCUAACCAGUGUACCCAAGCGGUUCUCCAUACUGGAGUUUGAUGAAUGCAGUGAAUAUUAUGGCCAUUCAUACUUUAACCAUCCCAACGUUCAAGAGGCACUACAUGCAAAUGUCACGAAGAUACCAUAUGAUUGGCAGCCAUGCAGUGAUGUUCUUCAAAACUGGACAGAUUGGCAGUCAACAGUACUUCCAUUUCUUAAAGAGUUCUUGGCAAAUGGAUUAAAAGUAUGGAUAUUUAGUGGCGAUGUGGAUGGAAGGGUACCUGUGACUGGAUCACAGUACGCAAUAGAAGCAUUGAACGUUUCAAUUGUAACUCCUUGGCAGCCAUGGUAUCGUGAUUUGGAGGUAGGGGGAUAUGUGCAAGUUUAUCAAGACAACUUGACAUUUGUGACGGUGAGAGGAGCUGGUCAUCAAGUACCGAGUUAUAAACCUGAUAGGGCUCUUUCACUUAUUACACAUUUCAUUUCUGGGAUACCAUUUCCCAACCAUUAA